AUGGAUAGCAUUAACCCGACUUUAACAGUUGUAAAGACGGUCCCUACUGUGAGUGUAUCCGACGAGCGACAGUUGCCAGCAGCUCAACUUCAAAUUACUCAGCAUAGUAGCCCGUCAUUACUAGGUAUUGUUGGUGGGAACGUAGACAGAUAUACAGCAACUAUUUGCCAAAAUGGAGUUGGUAUCACGCAAAAGCGUUGGUUCCCUUGGCUGCUCGGUAUAAUUCAUAAUUCCUUUGUUUGGCUAGUCAUACCUAGCCCGGGUUCUGUGGAGGCUGCCGUUAACACCGAGGUGCACCACAUGUGCCUAACUGCCAUGCCACCCGAAGGUUCCACGAGGGUUCGGAUACUGAGAGGUCGCCCAAGCCUAGACAGGGGAAGUCGAGAGGCAGAGGUCGGGUGCGAACCACGGACCUUCCAGUCAGUAAAUUCGUGCUCUAACCACUCGGGCCAUCUCGCCCCGACAUGCUGUGACUACUGCUCUAUAUCACACGGCUGUGAUGCCAGUUUCGUGGUCCUUGCGAUUCCUGCUUCGAAUGCCGCGAACAGCUGUACAGCACUUACAGGCCUUCCAGCAUUAAUUGACGUCCAUUGCAGGAUAAAAUCCAGAUUUUCCUACGUGCAACAAGCCAAUUCCAAGUUGUUACACCCGUUUUCUUUGUUUGCUUGGGCGACCUCGAAGUAUCCGAACCCUCAUGGAACCUUCGGGUGGCAUGGAGUUAGGCACCGAAAGGGUGCUAUAGCUGAACGAUUUUCUUUCGAAGACUAA